UUUUUUUUUUUUUUUUUUUUUUCUUGCCCCGGCGGUUGGGUGAGAUUUAAAUUAAAAAAUUCUUCCUCUUUUUUUCUCUGCUGUGAUCCCUGUCCCGUUUUUCUUCGUUCAGAUUUCUGUGCCCGUCGCAAUGUCGUCGACUAUCCCUCCCCCGGAGGACAAAUAUCCUCGCGAUGUCGUGGCUUCGGACUCCGAUGAGGACUCCAUUACCGGCCAUUCCGGUGUCAAGCGCAUCGAGGUCAUUUCGUCGCAAUUCCGCCUCGUCGAUCGCAUUUUCCUGUUCUUUGGGAUCUUCCUGAUGGCCUACGUUUAUGGUCUAGAUGGCACAGUUCGAUACACAUAUCAGCCUCUGGCGACUGCUGGGUUUGGUUCUCAUAGUUUGCUCGCCACGAUCAAUGUUUUGCGAUCCGUUAUUGCCGUCGCCGCGCAGCCAACUGCUGCCAAAAUCGCCGAUGUGUUUGGUCGCGUGGAGCUGAUUCUAUUCUGCGUAGUGACCUAUACUCUGGGAACGGUGGUCGAAGCCGCUGCAACCAAUAUGGCUACAUUUUGUGGCGGCGCAGUGCUGUAUCAAAUCGGCUACACCGGUAGUUUGCUCCUCGUUGAAGUCCUCAUCGGCGAUGUCACCUCCCUUCGCUCGCGACUGCUCUUCUCUUAUAUCCCUGCGACACCGUUUAUCAUCAAUACAUGGAUUAGUGGAAACGUGACAUCCUCCGUUCUGAACGUCACGACAUGGCAAUGGGGCAUCGGCAUGUUCGCCAUCAUUUUCCCGGUUUGCACGAUUCCUCUGUUCGCUACUCUGUUCUGGGGACACUGGAAGGCCAAGAGACACAAUCCGGCGGCAUACCGGAGCACGAUCCAGGUCCUCGGCUUUCAAAAGUUCUGCGCGGAACUGUUUUGGUAUCUGGAUGUGGUCGGAAUGAUACUGCUGAUUGCCAUCUUGGCUUUGAUUCUGACCCCGUUCACUCUUGCUAGUGGCUCUUCCGACCAAUGGAAGACGGCCAAGAUUCUCGCGCCUCUCAUCAUUGGUAUUUGCUGUAUUCCCCCUUGGGUGUACUGGGAGAAGACUUGCAAAUAUCCGAUGGUCCCGUUUAGAUUGCUGAAAGAUCGAGCCGUGUGGGGCGCUCUUGGAAUCGCAAUGAUGCUCAACUUAGCGUGGGUUAUCCAGGGAGAAUUCCUGUACACAGUCUUGAUCGUCAGCUUUGAUGAGACCGUCACGAGUGCCACGCGUAUCACUUCGCUCUACAGUUUCGCCUCUGUCAUCACCGGAUGUAUCUGCGGUUUCGUGGUGCUCAAAGUAAAACAGUUGAAACCGUUCAUCGUUGCAGGAACCUGUCUUUUCAUGGUUGCAUAUGGAAUUCUCAUCCAUUUCCGCGGCGGAUCCAGCGGCUCGAGUCACUCAGGCAUUAUCGGAGGUCAAAUCCUUCUCGGUAUCGCGGGCGGUCUCUUCCCCUACCCAGCUCAAGCCAGUAUUCAAGCCGCAACCAAACACAACCACCUCGCUGUCGUAACAGGCCUCUACCUCGCAACUUACAACAUCGGCAGCGCAAUCGGCAACACAAUCGCCGGCGCCAUUUGGCGUCAAACCCUCGAGAAGGAACUCAUCUCGCAACUCGGCGACGCCACCCUUGCCACUACAAUCUUCGGCGACCCAUUCACCUUCGUCGCAGCGAACCCUGUGGGGACUGAGCAACGCGACGCCGUCGUUUUGGCGUAUCGGCAUACUCAGCGUUUACUUUGCAUCACGGGUAUCUGUUUGACGGUGCCGUUGAUCGCGUUUUCGUUGUGUAUUCGCAACCCGAAGCUCACGAAGGAGCAGAGUCUACCGGACGCGGAGAGGGAGAAUUGAUAUUCCUUUUAGGAUUUAAUGGUUCACGCAGAGAGAUGCGAUAGUAUCGAAAUUGAAAUUAAAUGUUAUUCGGGCGCAGCUGGGAAG